UGUCUGUCUGGCUAAUGCACCUGUGUUGUUGUUCCUUUUCUGAUUCUGUGUGUUGUGUGUGUUUCCGUCUGUGUGGUGCUGUAUAUAUGUAUGCGCCCUGCCAUACGUAUAUAAGCUCCUCUGUCGAGGGGGCAGCAGAGGGCUCCAGUCUUAGAUGCACCCCGACGACUCUCUCUCUCUCUCCCUCCCUCUCCCCCACUAAUAUAAGCGAGGCUAGGAUGGAUGCAUUAAAGACAGAGAUUGAACUGAUAGAAAGACAGAUAGAGGUGUAGUCACCUAGACAGACUAGUUGCCUCUCUUCCUGUUGUCCAACCUUUCUUCCUCCUCCUCCUCCUCCUCCUCCUCCAGCUUUGUGCCUCCACGUCUCUGUGUGUGUUUCUCUCUCUCUCUCUCUCUCUCUCUCUCUCUCUCUCUCUCUCACACCUGCUCCUCUUCCUCUGAUGAAGGGUAACAAUCACUCAGGAGUGUAGGUGUGGAGGAGCAGGAGGAGGAUGAUUAUGGUCUUGGUGAUGUAUAGGAUAAUGUUAGCUGUGUUUUGUGUGUGUGUAUGUAUGUGUGUGUGAGAGAGAGAGAAAGACUGUGUGUGUGUGUGAGAGAGAGAGCGAUUGUGAGGUGUGAACAUAUCUGUGUGUGCAGGGAAAGCUUCUCUUAUUAGUGGAAUAUUUCUGGUCUCUCUCCCCUGUGUCCUCUGGCAGGAUAACAUCGGUCACCGGCUCCUGCAGAAACAUGGCUGGAAGCUGGGACAAGGCCUUGGCAAGACCUUACAGGGUAAGGUUUGUAGGACCACCCCUAUGUGGUGUGUGUAUGUGGUGUGUGUGUGUGUGUGUGUACGUGCGUGCGUGCGUGUAUGUGUGAACGGGAAUAGGCUAACCCUUCUUUAUAAUGUAGCCUAACGUCUUCUCUUAGCUCUUUUCCUCUGUAAGCUUGAUAUCACUAAACCAAUCUGCUGAAUAAUGCCAGCAAUCUGAUUUGACGUGCCAAACUAAAUGAGAGCAGUUAGAGAAGCGGCAAUGACUGAUUGAUUGAUGAUGAGGAAUUUCUCUUGAUUGGGAAGAUGACGCAUCAUCAUAGAACUCUUAGUGAAUUUUUCCCCUUGAUUAGUGGCUGCAAUGGGGAAGGGGAUAUGUGUAUUUAUUUUUUCCCGAUUGGCUGUGAACUUGAGCGAGAGCUUUUCUGAUUGGCUAUGGUUAUGACUCCGCCUCCUGUGAAUGACUUGCAGAAUGAGCCUGUGUCUCCGCCCACUCCUUUCCCUUCGCCUUCGUUUUUUUAUUAUCUGUCUUGUACCCUGCUCCUGUCUGUGACGUGACCUGUAUCAGUGUGGUUGUGUCGUGGGUGUGGUGUGUGUGUGUGUGUUUGGGUGUGUGUGCGUAUGUGUGUGUGUGUUGGUCACUGCUGAGGGUGUGGGGCCAAAGUGCUUCGCCUUGCAGGAGAACCUCACAGUAGCCGGUGCCUAGUCCCCCCACUCACACCUGACAUGAGCAGGACCGCUGAAGCCCCACUCUCCCUGUCUCCUCUCGCCCCCCACAGCCCCCACCCCCCUCACAAGGAGGUUUAAGCAGCACACAGGUGGAGGAGAGCAUCAAGCAGGAGCAUCACCGAGCCAUAGGGGUGCAUUUCUAUUGGUGGACAACAGUGGUCUAAAUUCGAGCAGAACACGCCAAAGCACACCAUUUUAAACUGGAUUAAAAGAAAGCUGCACAGAUUCACCAGCAAAACAGUAAUCGGCAUUUGUUUGCAAGAAGGACUACACUAGAAUGCAUUAGUUCUGUGUUCUAAUGUAGACUACAUGCGACAUUAGUGCAUCCAGGAAUCAGGUCGCUACAGACAUGACGACACUGCUGAGUACAUCUAAUUAAUAUACUGGUAUACUCUACAACAGUGCAGAGUAUACCACACUAGAUUUACUAUACUACACUAUACUACAGUGGUGUACUCUAUAUAACAGUCUAGUGUAUACCAUACUUGAUUCAACCAAAUCCUACACCAUCCAAGAUGACUCCUAUACAGAGAAUCUAAACCAGUGCAGGCCACAUUCGACUACACUAGUGCAGACCACUGUACUUGAACACAAAGAUCACUGUGGCCCAUGGUCCUGUUAGGCAGGUAAUUGGUCAGUGCCUCCCCACAGUGCCUCUUAAAACUCGCGUCUCAGCCGAGCGCACCCCUCACCUCAGGACCUCCCUUGAAGGAGGACCGUGCUCUGAGUGUCUCCCCUCCUGAGAAUGUGUCCCCAGCAGGUAGCAUGGUAAGCCGAGAGGUGACUGGCGGUGGGUGGAUAGUGGGCUAACAGGCACAUAGUGUUCUCUUCCCGAAGGAGAACACGGCCUAUCUAGAGGGCGGAACAGGUGAGGAGAAGGGUGACUGUGCUCUGAUCCGUAGACAAAAUUUGGACCUCAAGCAUCCUUGAUUUACGUCUCUUGAAAUUGUGCAUGUCCAGUCUAAACCUCGGUUCAGCAGAGGAAACUACGUUCAAAAGACACAACAUUUAGAACAGUGCCAACCUCAGGAAACACUCCCAAGCACAGCCAUAGCAGGUGAGUGAGUAGGAGAGGCAAACGGACUGGUGUGGGGUUACUCCUGAAGGCACCCUGCCCCGAAACUUGACCCCCCUCCUAUAACCCCUUCACCUUUGACCCCUGAUCCCUCUGUAUGCCUCAAUCUUCCUGCUUAACCAAUUGGUGUUUCUUUUUUGCAGCAUUAUGAUCCUGGCCAUGUUGUGCUGAUGGUAAACUUAGUGGCCGGACGGACCCUGUGCCCAUCACCCUCAAAUAUGAUGUCAUGGGGAUGGGGCGCAUGGAGAUGGAGUUGGAGACUGCGGAGGAUGCCACAGAGAAGCGUAGAGUGCUGGAAAUCGAGAAAGAGGACACAGAGGAGCUGCGGCAGAAGUACAAGGACUAUGCUGAGAAGGAGAAGGCCAUUGCCAAAGCUCUGGAGGACCUGAGAGCUAACUUCUACUGUGAGCUAUGUGACAAACAGUACACUAAACAUCAGGAGUUCGACAACCACAUCAACUCCUAUGACCACGCACACAAACAGAGGCUGAAAGAGCUGAAGCAGAGGGAGUUUGCGCGGAAUGUGUCGUCUCGCUCCCGGAAGGGGGGCAAGAAGCAGGAGAAGAUGCUGCGGCGGCUGCACGAGCUGGCCGAGCAGAGGAAGCAGCAGGACCGGACUCCUGGCAGUGGCCCCAUGUUCAAGGCCACUACAGUGGCUGUGGACGGUGAGAAGGGGGACGAUAGCGAAGCCUCCAAUCCAGAUGGCGUCCCCAUGGUGACGGACAGCCCAAGCGAAAGUUCGACAGUCGAGGAGCGAGGAAACCAGGGCUCCCCACGGCCCGGCCCGCCCAUCAGCUUCUCCUUCGGCAAGCGCAGCGGCUCUCCAAGCACCCAGGGGGCGGCGGGGGCGGUGUCGGCGGCGGCGGCGGCGGCGCAGACGCCCAAGGUCAGCGUGUCCUUCUCCUUCGCCAAGAAGGCCCCAGUGAAGCUGGAGACAGUCGCUGCCCUGUUCUCCGACCCGGGGGAGGAGGUGCUAGAGGGGGAGGAGGGCCAGGAGGAGGGCACGGCCAGCGCCGGUGAGAAGCCAGCCGGGGAGACCGAGUUGACCGGGGCAGGAGGUAGCACUGACAGCGUAGCUGCUGGUGAUGCUACAGCUACAGCAACGCCAGCAGCAGCAGCAGCAGCAGUAGCCACGGCGACAGGCAGUGAAGACCAGUCGGCAGCCGACGACGGCGCCUCACUUGCCUCCACACUUGACAAACUGAAGAUGAUGAUGAAGAAAGAGGAAGGCUAUGCCGGGCAAGAGCCCCAGUACUACCACUAUAUGCCGCCCGCACACUGUCGGGUCAAGCCUCACUUCCAGUUCCUGUUGUUUAUGAAGGCCUCGGACCAGUGCCCGAUCCCCGAGGAAGAGGACGCGGCAGAGGAGAAUGGGAAGAAAGCAGCCCCAGUGGAGAGUGAGCCAACAGUAACAGUAGAAGAAGCAGCAGCACCACCAGCGUCAGACGUGGAAAAAAAAGAUGGAACAGAAGGGAAAGAAGGGACUGGUGACACGCCAGACAAAAGGACCACACGGAUAAAGAGCCCACAGCCCACGACCACCAGCUGCAAACCUGAGAGAGAACCAGAGAGCGAGAUCACAUUGAGCAAGCACACAGAGCCCACUCCUGCCUCCUCCUCACCCAAAGUGAAAACGGAGAAGGGUGAAGAAGGUUCCGUAACCCCCACACCGUCUGCCCCUACCCCUCCUGUGGCACCAGCAGGAGACACUCCCAAUCCCGAGGGCCCUCGGAUACCGACGGGCCCCUUCUUCCCAGUGCUGAGUAAAGACCAGAGCACCACUCUACAGUGGCCCUCGGAGCUGCUGGAGUUCACGCGCGCACAGCCCGCCCUCUCCUACAGCUGCAACCCCCUCUACUUCGACUUCAAGCAGUCCCGCUGCCGGGCCGCCAACAAGAACGCCAAAGCAGUAGGCAGCGGGGAAUCCAAACAGGGCACCGCUGGGGCGGGCAAAGCUGGGGCGGGCAAAGCUGGGACUGGCGGUGAAGGUCAGGACUCAAAGCAGGAUAAUCCAGACAGUGCCCCCUCGACGAGCCAGUCGGACCCGGCGGCGAGGCCGGCAGAACCGGACCAGCCCAGCCUGAAGCCAGAAGGGGGCGAUCAGCAGGUGCAGGACCUGGAGGCCGGAGGGUCCAAGAAGAAGAAGAAGAAAAAGAAGCACAGGAAGAGCAAGCAUUCCAAACGCAAGAACAAAGAGAAGGGCGGGGCGGCGGAGGGCGAAGGAGAGGCCGGGGCGCCGCCAGAGAAGACCAAGAAGAAGAAGAAGAAGCACAAACGAAAGAAGAGUAAAAACAAGAGAUCCGGAGAGGAGGAGGAUGGGGAUGGAGCAAAGGAAAUAGAGAAGGAAAAAGACAAAGAUAAGGACAAGGAGAAAGACAAGGAGAAGGACAAGGACAAAGACAAGGAGAAGGAUAAAGAUAAAGACAAGGAGAAAGAGAAGAAGAAAGAUAAAGAGGAAAAAGGAGCCACUCCUUCCGAGUCUUUGGCAGGGAGUUCCACGGCCACUGAGGCGGGUAAGAGAAAGCGUCCGCUGAAGGAGGGUACGCAACGUUCCACUGGAGAGGAGAGCAAAGCCAGCGUCUCGGAGGAGCACAACGGUAACAAGCGCGCAAAGGUGGAACCUCGCGUUCCCCCGACAUCUUGCUCGGCCUCUGCCCAGCGAGGGGGCUCGGGGCACGGCCGUCCGCCUAGCAGUGAGAGCGAGGAAGAGGGCGGCGGGGGCUCUCGGUCCAAUACCCACCGCCGGCGCUCCCGCUCCCCACAUGACCAGAGUCGGCGUCAGCGCAGCGAGGACUCUGCCCGCUCCCGCAGUCGCUCCAGUCGGCACGGUGACCGGCAUGGCCGGCGCCACCAUCACCACCACCGCAGCCAGUCGUACUCGAGUAGCUCAGAGCGCUCUUCGGCCGGCAGCAGCUACAGUCGCCACAGCCGCCGCUACUCCGACAGCUACAGCGACUACAGCGCCGGUGAGCGGCGUGCUCGCUCCAGCCAGCGCCGUCGCCGUCGUCGUCGCUCCUCCAAGCGCCGCUCCGACUCUGACGGAUCAGGCUCCGACUACGAGCGCCGCAGCCGCUCCCGGCGUCAUCGCUACUCAUCGACGUCCUCGUCAUCGGCCUCGCGCUCCCGCUCCCGCUCUCACGGCCGCGGCAGCAGCAGGCGCCACCGGCGACGCAGCAGCUCCCGAAGCUCCAGCAGUCGCAGCCGAAGCAGCAGCGGCGGCAGGCGCUCGUGGCGCCGCAGCUACAGCCGCAGUUCGGCCUCGCGCUCGUCCCUCUCCAGCCGUGGUUCGCCUGCGCACCGGAGCCUCAGCUCAACUCGCCGCUUUAACCGCACCAGUAUCUACCGCUCGCAAUCGCCGCGAGGCUCCUCCGGACGUGCGGGUGCAGGACGCACCAGUGGCUCGCAGGGCCCACGGACGUCGGGCGGGAGUGAGGGACGGAACUCUCUCACGGCCCGACAGCUGCUGGAGAAGAUCCAGUCCCGCAAGGGCUCGGACGAAAUGGGCUCGGGCUCAAACAAACCUGGCGGCAAAGUCAAGGACCCUCCGCAGGGCUACUUUGGGCCCAAAUUGCCCCCAUCUUUAGGUAGCAAAGGCAUGCUGCCCUUAUUUGGCAAACUGCAGGCAGGUAAGAAGCCAUCUCUGCUUCCCCUGACUCGGCCGGAAGACCCAAACAAGGGCGCUGGGAAGAGCUCCGAGGCAUCAGGGGAGGUCAUCCUGGUGGAACAAAUCAGGGAGUUUCCCCCUCCUCCCCCGCCUCCUGUUCCUCCAGCCCAAAAACAGCAGAAGCAGCAGGAAGAAAAUCCCCCACUGGCAACCAACUCCUCUGAGGAGCCCCAGGCCCACCCUGAGCCUCAGCUGUUUGAGCAGGAGUCCGUUCUUCUGAUUCCACCCUUCCAGGGUGACCAGGCCCCCGACCCAUCGGCCCCCAUCAUGGAGCGCCUGAUGGGACCGCAGCCCACCAUGCACCCUUACUCCGGCGGCUACGUGCCGCCCAGCAUGGAGGAGGAGGAGCUGGGCAUGGAGGCGGAGGAGGACGGCCUGGCGCCGCUGGAGAGCCAGCCGAUCACCUUCACGCCCGAGGAGAUGGAGAAGUACAGCAAGCUGCAGCAGGCCGCCCAGCAGCACAUCCAGCAGCAGCUGCUGGCCAAGCAGGUCAAGACCUUCCCGUCUGCGGCGGCUGCAGCGGCGGCGCAUAACCUUGCGGCCGCCGCGAACCUCCAGCAAGCGCCACCGCCUCCCCCCGCGGCGGCGCUGCAGCAAAUCCACAUCCAGCAGCCGGCCGUAUCGGCCGCCUCGGCCACCUCCAUCACCACGGUGCAGCACGCCAUCUUGCAGCACCACGCUGCGGCCGCCUCCGCUGCCAUGGGCCUCCACCCAGCGCACCAGGCGCACCACCAGCUCCAGGCCCACGCCCAGCUGGCGCAGGUGCACCACAUCCCGCAGCACCACCAUCUGACGCCCAUCUCGCUCUCGCCACUCGCCGGACACUCGCUCGGACACUCUCUGGGCCACCAGCUGAGCCAUGCUGGACUCAUCCCCGCGCACCACACCGCCUUCCUGUCGGGACAGCCCAUCCACAUCAUCCCUGCGUCGGCGCUCCACCACACACCCCUGGCACUCCACCACAUGCCCCACGCCAUUUACCCCACGCUGUUCGCCCCGCGGCACACCUCGGCCUCGGCCGCCCUGCAGCUACAUCCCCUCCUGCACCCCAUCUUCUCCGGCCAGGACCUCCAGCACCCCCCCAACCACGGCUCCUGAGAGGGGGGCGCUCCACUGGAGAACAGACUCCAGCAGGGGAGGAGGGGGAGGAGGAGGACGAGAGGCAAAGAUCCACUUCAUGCCGGCCUCCUCCUGCAGCGUCUGACCUCACCCAGUCAGAGCAGGUGAUGGAGGUGGAAAGGGAGGGAGGGUGACUCCUUCAGGACCGGCUCUCCUUCAGGCUGUUUGGACGAUGUGGCGCGACUCCCCAGCUGAUGUUCCUCCACUGGGGGGUGCUGUCUAUGCAGGACAGAAGCAAUGGGGCUACUGCGGUCCCCAAGACCUGACCUCACCUUAGGGGGGACUAUGGAUGGGCAGAGGUAUGUUGGUGGGCAGGAUAGGGGCUCUCGAUGAGUCCCAAAGGCAAGAUGAGAUAAUGCAGGAAUCCACUGGAGUAUUUUUCUUAUUGUUUACUUCAAAUCCUGCUGUUGACAUUGGUCUCCAGUUUUUUUUUUGUUUUUUUUUUGCACCCCCCACCCCACCCCACCCCAAGAGAACCUGGUAGGCUAAAGUCAUGAGGUGUUGGGGGAUGGACAUCACGUUAACAGGUUUGUUUUUUGUGUGGCAUAUUGAUAAUAUAUCUUGUCCUAAAAUAAGAUUUCUAAGCUUCAAAAAUAAUAUUACUGUUCUUCUGCCUGUCAGUGGCAUUUUCUCUCUCUCUCUCUCUCUCUCUCUCUCUCUCUCUCUCUCUCUCUCUCUCUCUCUCUCUCUCUCUCUCUCUCUCUCUCUCUCUCUCCCUCUCUCUCUCUCUCUCUCUCAACCCCCCCAACCCAUGAUGGUCAAAAUCAUGGUCAUGCGCUGAAGCAUGGGGCCAGGCCUCUUCAGCAAAUGCAUUAUGUGGUACUUGAAUUUGUCAAUUCUAAAAUAUUAAUGUAGAGUAUUUAGCUAACAAAAGCCAUUGCUUUUCUUUUCUAAGUCUUAAAAUGUCGUUCUACAGCUGACUGAACAAAGGGUUCACUGUAAGUCCCAAGGUCCUGGCCUAGUACAAAGGACACCCAGGGACACACUGGUUACACUGACUCGAAAUGUUAUGACGUUCUGAAUGUCAGUCACAAGCAGGAAGUGCCAGACCACUUCCCUCUCAUGCAAGGAAUGAAGUGUGUAGAGGUCACUUUUGGGUUUGUAGGUCAUUCUCCCACCAAGAUCAGAUUCUUUAACUCUUUAACUUGCACUGAAAUUUACACAUGGAGAUGCUGUUUUUCUGCAUCAUGUAACAAUUGUAAUGAUUGUAGUAUACUGCAAUAAUUUUAUUUUCUAUUCUGAAGUUUUUUUUAUUUUAUUUGAUGUAUCUGAUGUAUCCUAAGAAAAUAGGAUUCCCCUUUCUGGUGUAAUUUAGCUCAUUGUAAAUAAGGUUGCCGUAGUUGAAGUCAAAUGUAAAGUUGUAGAGGUUUGUAAACCCCUGUACAAGAUAAAGAUGAACACAAAAAAGGAAAAAAAAACAAACAAAAAAAACAAGUAAAAGGCAUGGAGAGAUGGGAAGCAAAAGGGGGUAAACGGUGUCCACUUUUGUCUCUGGAGGGGGAAGGUGGUUAUAUGAAAUAUACUCUGUACAGGGCAGUAAUGAAAUCUGCUUUUAUAAUUUCUUAAAUGAGUCAUCAAAAUAAAGAAUUUCCAGUUGA